GAAGCGGCUGCUGGUGCGGCUGGGAGUGGGCCCGGGCGGCCGGCGGUGGCUGCCUGUGGGGCCGGGAGGGUCGCGGCUGAGGAGCGCGGAGCGCGGCUUCUGAUGAAACCACAGCUAGGACUGGAGGAGCUGUUGAACCCUUCCUUGGUCGAAACCUUUUGACUCUUCAAGCUUCCUUCAGGAAGCUUCUCAAAGCAGGAGGAGGGGGAGAAGAAGCUGCCAGCUGUCACAGAGAAUACACCCCGCUGUGGAAGCAGGGUGGGGAAUCAGGAAGGCUAGAGGAAGUGACUGCAUGUGGACUUUUGAGACAAAAUGCUUUCUUUGAAGAAAUAUUUCACAGAAGGUCUCAUCCAAUUCACCAUUCUACUCAGCUUGAUAGGCGUUCGUGUGGACGUGGAUACCUACCUGAACUCACAGCUUCCCCCUCUGAGGGAAAUCAUUCUAGGCCAGAGCUCUGCUUACACCCAGACCCAGUUCCACAACCUUCGGAACACCUUGGACGGAUAUGGCAUCCAUCCGAAAAGUGUAGACCUGGACUAUUAUUUCACAGCCCGCAGGCUUCUCAACCAGGUGAGGGCCCUGGACAGGUUUCAUGUGCCCACCACUGAAGUAAAUGCCUGGCUGGUGCACAGAGACCCUGAAGGUUCUGUGUCCAGCGCCCAGCCAAGCCCAGCCAUCACCCUAGAGAAUAGCAAUGGCCUGCAAGAUGGGACCAGUCCUGACAAUGGCGUGAGGGAGAGUGGACCUGAACAAGGAUUUGGUGAAGAAUUGGAAGACCUAGGAGCGGUGGCUCCUCCAGGGAAUGGAGACUUGACCAAAGAGGACAUCGAUUUGAUUGACAUCCUGUGGAGACAGGAUAUUGAUCUCGGCGCUGGGCGAGAGAUUUUUGACUACAGCCAUCGCCAGAAGGAGAGCGAAGUGGACAAAGAACUGAGUGAUGGGAGGGAGCAUGGGGACAGCUGGAGGAACGGAGGGAACGAGACCUUGGAUAGAAACCUGCUAGUUGAUGGAGAAACGGGGGAGAGUUUCCCUGCACAGGUGCCUGGCGUGGUGGAUCAGACGGCCCUGUCGCUGGAGGAGUGCCUUAGGUUGCUGGAAGCCACCUUCCCCUUUGGGGAGAACUCUGAGUUUCCAGCUGCAGAUGCCUCCCACCUAAACGAAGCUGUGCCUGGUGAAAGCGAGUCUUCAGCUAUCCAGAGCGGCCUCCUGUCUCCUCUUCUGACGGAGACAGAGUCCCCAUUCGAUCUGGAGCAGCAGUGGCAGGACCUUAUGUCUAUAAUGGAAAUGCAGGCUAUGGAAGUGAACAACACAACUGCUGAAAUCCUGUAUAAUGGCACAAAUGGAGACCUGCUGACUGCUAACUACAGUCUAGCUCCAAACACUCCCAUCAAUCAGAAUGUCAGCCUGCAUCAGGCAUCUCUGGGUAGCUGCACACAGGACCUCUCCUCCCUCUUCAGCUCAGAGAUUGAGAGCCCCUCCGUGGCUAGCAGUUCAGCCCUGCUCCAACUGGCUCCUGACAACUCCACUGGCCUCAACACCACCUUUGGGUCUACCAACUUGAGUGGGAUCUUCUUCCCUCCACAGCUGAACAGCACAGUCAACGAGACAACUGGCUCUGAAUUACCAGAUCCAUUAGGGGGUCUUCUAGAUGAAGCCAUGCUUGAUGAGAUCAGCUUGAUGGACUUGGCUAUUGAAGAAGGUUUCAACCCAGUGCAAGCCUCUCAGCUGGAAGAAGAGUUUGAUUCUGACUCAGGGCUUUCUCUGGACUCUAGCCAUAGUCCUGUUUCUUUCAGUAGCUCAGAAGCAUCUUCUUCUUCCUCCUCCUCCUCAUCCUCCUCUUCUUCUUCUUCUUCCUCUUUUUCUGAGGAAGGAGCUGUAGGCUACAGCUCAGACUCUGAAAAUGUGGACUUUGAAGAAACCGAAGGGGCAGUUGGAUACCAACCGGAGUACAGCAAGUUCUGUCGCAUGAGCUAUCAAGACCCAUCAGAGCUACGCUACUUGCCUUACCUGGAGCAUGUUGGUCACAACCACACCUAUAACAUGGCACCUGAGAGCAAGGAGAAACAAUCUGAUUUCCUGGAUAAGCAGAUGAGCCGGGACGAGCACCGAGCUAGAGCCAUGAAGAUCCCUUUCACCAAUGACAAGAUUAUAAACCUGCCAGUGGAGGAGUUCAAUGAACUUCUCUCCAAGUACCAGCUCAGUGAGGCACAGCUGAGCUUGAUCCGGGACAUCAGGAGGAGGGGCAAGAAUAAAAUGGCUGCCCAAAACUGCCGUAAGAGGAAACUGGACACCAUCCUGAACUUGGAACGGGAUGUGGGAGACUUGCAGAGGGACAAGUCCAAACUGCUCAGGGAGAAGGUGGAAUUUCUCAAGUCCAUUCGCCAGAUGAAACAGAAGGUGCAAAACCUGUACCAGGAAGUGUUUGGGCGCCUGCGUGAUGAGAAUGGCCAGCCCUACUCUCCAAAUCAAUACUCCCUACAGUAUGCCAGCGAUGGCAGUGUUAUCUUGAUACCUCGUGCCUUGGCCGACCAGCAGGCCAGGCGGAAGGAGAGAAAACAGAAAGACAGGAGGAAGUGAGCCAGGGGGAGGAGGAGGGAGCUCACUGAAGUUAGACACUGGAGAAGGGCUGAGCCUGGAAGUACUAAAGGAACUUUCAUGCCUUCUUAUCCAAUAUAUCUUCUCAAAUGUGACUGCUGCCGGUCAGUGUACAGGAAGAGACUGCUGCACGUGGAGGGUGCAGGACCUGCACUUUGAAUUUCUGAUGGCUCCCAUCAGGGAGUGACUGGGGAGGAACACACAGUGAACUGGGUGAGCCCAGCUCCCUCUACAACCUGGAAUCCUUUGAGUAUGGGGAAUAAGCUGGCAUCCUUGGUGGUGAGAAUCUGCAGAAGAUGGAGAAACUACUGUUUAGGAACUGGCUUCAAAAAAGAUUUAAGCAACUGAACUUAGUUUUAGGAGAGACAUUUUUCUGAACUUCCAAAGUUCUGUGACUUCAGGUAGUUGGUUUUUUUUUUUUUUUUUUUGGUUUUUUUUUUUCUGAACCAGUUUUGACAUUGGUGUGUGAUAAAACCUGACUUAAUUCCAGAUUAACCAGUUUCCCUUCCUAGAUCAGACCAGUGCAUACAUGGAAACACAAAGUGGUGUGACUUUCAUUAACUCUUUCCAGUCUGAGGAACCUUAGAUGGGGAUGGGAGAGCUCUUAUCUUACCGUCUCUAGAGCUGUAAUCCUCAUGUGCAGUGGACCUUAGCAGCUGCGCUACAGCUUUGGGGUAGGUGGAUCUGGAAAGGGUUGAUAGAACCAAUGUGAUGAUGUAUCCCCCACAAAACUCAGAGCAUGUCACUGCCAAUUAGCCAGCACCAUGGCAUUAGAUGAUGGCAAGCAGUAGCCUGCAUGCAAACACUGUCUUCUCCCACUGACUGGCUGAGGAACCAGGGUGGAAAGGGGUGGGUGGGCUUGGGUCUAAAGCUUGUCUGCAGCCAGUUCCUUUCCAGCUGCAGCAGCUUUGGGAACUGGCUGCUGGAUGGCCUGAAAGGAGGCGCAUGUGGGGUUGAGGUGUAGCAAUUCUGGUUGGUAUAGAGCACAAUAGGGGGAGCAAGUGGUUCCUCCCCACGAAGUGGGCUUGUCACUUAUAGAAAUAGACAUUGGUUAGGAUUCCUGUUUCUCAGCCAUGCUUUGUUUUCCAGGGCUUCAGCCCUGUUUUCCCAAUAAGCUCUAGAGCGCUUGUGUUGAGUGAAAGAGAGAAGCCCCAAUGUUCAAAGCUGCUC